GAGGUCGUCGCCAGUCGGCCCCUUCUAUUCAACCCCAAUGUAUAAUUCAUAAAACAAUUAAACUUCUUCAAUUGUUUGUUUAUGUGUCGCGACAGUUCAAAGAUUCAUAAUCAACAUAUAAACAAUCCAAAACAAUCAUGAAAGCUCAUUCCAAGCCAUGGAAUCGAUUAUCAAGUUACUAAAAUUCUGCGGGUUCUGGGGCCGACCGUACCAAAAGUUCAGCUUGUGGCAACCAUUGUGCCACAUUGCAGUGCUCGUAGUGUGCCUCUUGGCCCCGGGAGUCAUUUUUAUCGUUCGCAACAGUUCAAAUUUUGCGAGUGCCAUUAGUGCUGCCAUCGAAUCAAUGGGUUUCAUUAAUACGAUCCUGUUGGGAACAACCAUGCUGUAUCAUCGCUCUGCCCUGGAAAACGCAUACGGAGACAUUAGGAUCGCUCUUCGGAUUGGAAAGUCCUCGUCGAUUGGGGAUGUGCAACGGAAUAUUGAGUUUUUGGAAAAAUCUACGAACUUCCUCUUCAAAGGAUACACAGUGUUUCAAUCGGUGGUGGGAACCGGAUACGCACUAACCAUUCCUAGUUUGACCGUGGUUUACUAUGUGCAAACUGGCCAGUGGCCCCCGCUGCAUGGAAUAUUCGAAGCAGAUUUCUUCGUGUUUGACUUCACCACAAACGUCUGGCUGUGGGUGCUGGUGAUCGCCGUUGGAAUGUUUGCAAUGCUGUGUUUAAUCUCCGUUCUGGUCAUAGUGAGCAGUUUCAACUGGAGUUUCUUGCAUUACAUCAUCGGUUUGUUCAAACUCGUGCACAUUAGAAUUUCUCGACUGAACGCCUUCGCAAACCCACAAUCCCGCCAGAUGGAGCUAAUCGAAAUUGUCAAACUGCAGGAACUUGUCUACAGAUGUGCACGGACGGCGGAAGACACCCUGAAUCUAUUCCUGUUGACGCAAUUCGGGACGUGUGUCGUUGCCAUUUGCUUGACCAUGAUGACCUUAACAUUGGCAAGUAACGAUCAAGAUUUGCUCAUCAAAAUGAUUCUCAUGUUGGCGUACAUUCUGUUCAACAUAUUUGUCUAUUCCAUGCUGGGAGAGGAGCUCAUCGCAACGAGUACAUCAUUAGCGGAGGCCGCCUACGGGACGCAAUGGUAUGAAUGGUCAAUCCCAGAGCAGCGUAACAUCUUGUUCAUUGUGAGGAGAUCGCAAAAGACAGCUGCUCUUACCACGGGGAAAUUCUUCGCCGUUAAUCGAUCGACAUUUGCGGCGACUCUUCAAGCGGCCUAUUCGAACUUUACCGUGCUGCGACAAAUGGUGCAUUCGCAUUAAUAGAAGCUUGAGAAGAUCUGCAGAGCUGAUAGUAGCCGCGAUAUGUGUGAUGGCCUAUUAUAGGUCAUGAGAAAUUAUGUAUGGUAUAGUCAAUCGACUGUUGAACAAUAUAAUUGACAAAAGCGCUUUCGAAAUAUACCAUUUUGUAUACACACUUUAA